AUGUCUAACGAAAGCGGAUCCACCACAAGAGAGGUGGAUGAAAAACACGCUGCUCUUGGCUGCCAAAGUGAGCUGGACUCCGGACAGAGUGAGGAGAAUGGAGAAAGGAGUGGACAAGAAGAUACAAGUCCGUCAAGUCCUGUAGCUCAGGGAAGCAGAGUGGACUCACCGGCUUACAUAGCCUCUCCACUGGACCUGCCCCACAUCAGCAAGGACAGCGCCAUAAUUCAUCCUUUGACAUUGGACUGGGCUUUUGGCAUCAACACAGCAUUACCGGUGUUUAGCCUGCAGGACCAGGAGAGGCUGAUAAUCCUGUAUGCAUGUGGCCGUGUCGCUGUCAUGUAUGACCACACGUCCAAUUCCCAGCAUCUCUUACAGGGUCACAGCAGCCCCAUCUCCUGUCUGUGUGUCAGUGAAGACAAGCAGUGGAUUGUGACAGCUGACAGGGGCAGGGAGAGUGGCAUCAUCAUAUGGGAUUCUUACAAAGGGAUUCCUGUGAGGACGCUGUUUCAGUGUCAUCCUGUGGCUGGUGUUGCAGCCGUCGCUCUGUCAAAGGAUUCAGAGUAUCUGGCUACUGUGGGAGCCGGAGAAGUGCAGAGAGUUUGUGUGUGGAACUGGACUGACGUGUCAGAUGAGCCAUUGUAUGUGGUUGAUGUCGGCUCAGAGUUCGGUCCACAGAAUCACAUCCUUUUCAAUCCCACUGACAAAACCCAGCUUCUCAGCAACAGUGAGAGUCACGUGUUGUUUUAUGCCACAGACUUGGGAUGUCUGAAAUAUUCAGUCCCAGAACUUUCAGAUAAGACCUUCAGUAAGGUGGUUGGAGCUGUGAGUCAGUCUGUCUUCCUUAGUGGGGGUGCACAGGCCCUCUCAGCAACCUCAGCAGGAAACCUGGUAGUGUGGGCACGGCAGAGUGACUCAUGCCAGCCCAGUGUCUGGACAGCUAUCAAACUCAUCCCACUCCAACAGGAGAGAAUCACUGUACUUACUCAGACUGAAAGGUUAAUUGUGACAGGAGACAUCCGAGGCCACAUCAAAUUCUAUGAUGAAAACAUUAAGCUCAUUGAUUCAUACAGCAAACUGAACGUGGAUCCCAUCGUUUCUAUCUCCUUUUCCAAAGAGGAGCCUAGUGGUCACCUGGCCUGCACAGACACCAUACCAUUUGUUGUUCGAAACUUUGCUCUCUCUACGGUAACUGCAUCUGUGCUCUACGUGAGUGCACAGGGCAGUGAGUCACACACUCUGCUAACUGAGCAUGCGGAGGCACUGGAAGCUGUUGCCUGUCACCCCCAUCAGCCGCUGGUGGCGAUGGGCAGCCGUAGUGGCAUCCUGAAGAUUUGGGACUAUGAGCGGAGAAUCCAUGUCUGCAGUAGAAUCUUCCAGAAGGACAGACAGAUCCAGUGUGUUACAUAUGAUCCACAAGGGUUUUUCUUGGCUGUGGGCUUUGUCAGCGGUGCGGUGCAGGUGUUUGAUGCAUGUUCUCUGCAGAGUGAGGGGGAGGAGAAGGCUCUUCACUAUAGCCCAGACUCUAUCACCCAACUCACCUUCUCCAAGGAUUCUCUCUACCUGGCCACUGCAGACGCUGGUCAGGCGGUGAUGGUGUUUCGGCUGUGUAAGGAGGGCGGUAGACAACAGUGGAUGUUUCAGGGGAGGCAUUGUUCCCACUAUAAGCCCAUCCAGGACCUGCUGUUUGGGUUUUUUCUGGACAGCACUAAGCCACGCCUUCUCUCCCUGGGCCAAGAUCGCAGGCUGGUGGAGUAUGAUCUGGAGCACAGUGGUGAAGGCCACUUGCUCAUUCUGAGCAGUGUGCAAAUAGAACAGAGUGCUGUCCCCACCUGUAUGAGCUGGCACCCUCUCAUUACCACUGAACACUUCCUGCUCACCUCAUCCACUCACUACAAAAUGAAACUCUUCAACAGCACCACCAAAAUGUGCAGGAAAACACUCCUGGGGCCCACAUAUGGCUCUCCAGUCAAAAAGAUGAUCAUUCUGCCACAGACUAAGGACUCAGAUCCCACGUGCAGUUACAUGGCAUAUGUAACCACAGAGGCGGUGGGCGUUCAAAUUCUGCCACUGGAUGGGAAUCCAUACAAGUCUACAGCUGUGAUAAGUCACCCUAUGGGUGUCUGCAGCCUGGCCUGUUCCUAUGACGGCAAAUAUGUUUUCACUGCUGGGGUGGCAGACACGUCUGUGUUCUCAUGGGAGAUAAGUCUGUGUGCAUUAGAGACAGCCGCUGCUUUGGGAGGGAAAGACCUGAUGCCCUUUUAUAAUCUUUUGGAGGGAGGAAGAGAUGGAGAACUGUUUAAGGAAAUAGAGAAUUUCUUUUAUUACUGUCAGCUGAGGAAACAGGGCAUUGACUCUAUGGAAACACGACUUGUGUCCACAAAAAUCCCACUAACAGAGGUUCCCUUUAUGAUGCGAGCACUUGGCUUCUACCCCACAGAACAAGAGCUGGAAGACAUGCAUAAUGAGGUGAAAUUCAGCCGCUAUGCAGAGACUGGGAAGUAUGUCACAGACCUGGAUUUGGAGGAGUUUAUUAAACUGUAUGUGAACCACCGGCCUGCAUUUGGCAUCUCCAGAGAAGAUCUCCACUGGGCUUUUCAGGUCCUGGGCGAGUCAGUAGAGAAGGGAAUACCCACUGUCAGCAGGCAGAAUCUGCUGGAUUGUCUACAGGCCAGAGGUGAACAUAUGACAGAAGAGGAACUGACUGAAUCUCUCUCCUCUCUUCUGGGGCUCAGUGCAGAGGAUAGGACUGACUUCAGGACCCUGGAAUAUAAAGGGCUUCAGUUAGAGAAUGCUCUUCCUCCUGAGAUCACCAUGACGACGUUUGAAGCAGACAUACUGGGAUUUCCUGGGGACAGUCCGGGGCUCCCCGUUGAGUCUGACUCCUCAUCUAUGACUGACAUCCUCUGA